AUGAAGGGGUUAAUCUUUCUUGGUCUUUAUCUGCUUGGAUCUGCCCGAGGAGCACCACCAGGUCAGCCUGAUGAGCUUCUUGACUCUGUAGACCACCAAGCUUCGGUUCCGCAACUUUCAAGUGAGUAUUUCUCACUUGCGAACCCUUCAGAUGCCGAGGCUUUAUAUGAAACUCCUUCGGGUGAGAAGAGUCUGAGUAGUCACAGUUCAAGUGACCACGAAUCAAGUGAGCAUACUGUAGCUGAACAUUCUGCAGGUGAGCACUCUUCAGGAGAACAGUCUUCAGAACACAUUUCAGGAGAGCACUUGUCAGGAGAACACACUUCGGGGGAGCACACUUCAGGGGAGCACACUUCCACCGAGCACACUUCCACCGAGCACACGUCAAGUGAACAACCUACAACUGAACAGUCCUCGAGUGACCAGCCUUCCGAAGUAUCUUCAGGUGAACAAGGUUCAAGCGACAAGCUUGAAGAGGCAGGUGACCAGGUGUCUGGUGAGACAAAUGACAAAGGAAAUGAGGCUAUAAGCACAGCACUUCCAAGUACAUCUGCAGGCGUAACAAUAAAUUGCCACACAUGUGCGUAUAUGAAUGAUGAUUCAAAAUGUCUCCGUGGAGAAGGAAUAUGCACCACUCAAAAUUCCCAGCAGUGCAUGUUAAAGAAGAUCUUUGAAGGUGGAAAACUCCAGUUCAUGGUUCAAGGGUGUGAGAACAUGUGCCCGUCUAUGAACCUCUUCUCUCACGGAACAAGAAUGCAAAUUAUGUGCUGUCGGAAUGAACCUCUCUGCAACAAGGUCUAG